AUGGUAACCCAGGUUCCUGACGUUGAGGACAAGGUUCCUGACGUUGAUGACCAGGAUCUUGACGUUGAGAACCAGGUUCCUGGCCCUGAGGACAAAUUUCCUGACGUUGAUGGCCAGGAUCCUGACGUUGAGGACAAGGUUCCUGGCGCUGAGGACAAGGUUCCUGACGUUAAGGACAAGGUUCCUGACGUUGAGGACAAGGUUCCUCACCUUGAGCACAAGGUUCCUGACGUUGAGGACAAGGUUCCUGACGUUGAUCACAAGGAUCCUGACGUUGAGGACAAGGUUCCUGACGUUGAGGACAAAGUUCCUGACGUUGAGGAAUAG